AUAGCUGCUAUGUCAUCAGCAUUGAACAGAUCGGAUCAUAAUAUUGUGUACAUUUUUGGUGCUGUCGUUCUUGCAGUUGGCACAUACAUUUUGAGAAAGUACAUCAAGGGCGGGCAGUUCAGAGAAAGAGUGAAUGGCAAAGGUCUCGUAGCUGCGGUGACCGGGGCCAAUGCUGGAACUGGGCUGGAAACAGUACGAGGCCUAAAUCUAGCAGGAGUCAAGGUAUACAUGCUAUGUCGGAAUGAAGAAAGAGCAUCUGAGGCGAAGAUCAAAUUGGUCCAGAUGGGAUGCGAUGCGGAACGGCUCAUAAUCGUGAAAUGUGAUUUAUCAGACUUUAGCAGUGUUAGAGCUUGCGCGAAAGAGCUCCUGUCAAUGGAAGAUAAAAUUGAUAUCCUCAUCAACAAUGCUGGUGUA